AUGUUAAUUCUUUUAACAUUAUGCAUCAUAUAUACAAGUUACUUUUAUAUUAGUUAUUUCACACGUGAGAAUCCAUUACCUGGUCCAGUCCCUUUACCCAUCAUUGUUAAUAUCUUGGAUAAAGGUUUCGAUGAUUUCGUUGAUUACACGGAACGUAUGAGAAAAAAGUACGGUGACAUGUUCGAAAUUUAUUUUGGACAAACCAAGUUCAUCAUGUUGAGUAAAUUCGAAUACAUGCAAAAUAUGUUUGACGGUUCAUCUAAUUCAAAAUACCUGAGGCGUGUUCCAUACAUACCCGGUUUGGAAGAAUUAAAUAUUUCGGGGAAAGGGGUCGCGUUUAACCAUAAUGUAAAUAUUUGGAAAUAUAAUCGACACUUCAUUUCACGAGCGUUACUCACCCCUAGUUUCUCCAAAUCUGCUGUCAUUUGGACCCAAAAUCUAGUUGAGGAAAUGAUGGGCUUUUGGGAAGAUGGAUCUAAUAAUGAAGGUUUUUUGAAACCGACAUCGUAG